UUCCUCACUCUAAAAAAAACACAGUGAUGCACUCUAAGCACACAACACACAGCGCCAAGCACUUGAAAAUAAAAUGAUCCCUAAAUUCAUAACCUUAUCCUUGUUGAUCUGCGCCCUCUUCCGACGGGCGGCGGCGGCGAGGGUCCUCCGGAUGCGGCCAGGCUCGGCGUCGUUCAAGAUCGCUGUUUUUGCAGACCUGCAUUUUGGGGAGGAGGCGUGGAGCGAUUGGGGUCCGAUCCAAGAUGCCAAUUCUACAGUAGUCAUCUCCACUGUCCUCCAUGAUGAAAACCCAGAUUUGGUAGUGUACCUUGGAGAUGUGAUUACAGCCAACAACAUAGCAACGCCAAAUGCUGCAACUUUUUACUGGGAAAUGGCACUCUCUCCCGCUAAAGCCAGGGGAAUCCCGUGGGCCACUGUGUUCGGAAAUCACGACGACGCCCCCUUUUCCUGGCCGCUCCAAUGGUUCUCCUCCGCUGGAAUUCCUCAUCAACAAAAGUAUUGCCGUUUAGAAGGAUCCGCAGGAGGAGGAAGAGGGUGUGAGUUUCGAGGGACACGGCGUUUGGAGCUGAUGAAAAAUGAGGUGGAGAAUAACUCAUUAUCAAGAUCGAGAAGUGGGCCCACAGAUCUGUGGCCCACUAUCUCAAACUACUAUCUCCAGAUCUCACCAUCGGACGGUCUGGAAUUGUCGCCGGUAAUCAACUUGUAUUUCUUAGACUCUGGCGGUGGUUCUUAUCCUGAAGUUAUCUCAAGUUCCCAGGUGGAGUGGUUUCGCCGUACAGCCCAACAAAUCAAUCCUUAUUCCGAGGUUGCAGAGAUAGUUUUCUGGCACAUACCAAGUGGAGCAUACGAGGAGGUAGCUCCAUAUUCUUUGAUAGAAGAGCCUUGUGUUGGUUCAAUUAACAAGGAGAAAGUCGCUGCUCAACAAGCUGAAUUUGGCAUCAUGACACUACUCCAACAAAGGCCUUCUGUCAAGGCAGUGUUUGUAGGACACAACCAUGGGUUGGAUUGGUGCUGUCCCCACAAGAGUAAGAAUAAACUUUGGCUGUGCUUUGCAAGACAUAGUGGCUAUGGUGGUUAUGGAGAUUGGCCAAGAGGAGCAAGGAUCAUCCAAAUCACACACAAACCCUUCUCUCUGAAAUCUUGGAUAAGGAUGGAGGAUGGUCAAUUACAUAGCCAAGUCAUCUUGAGUUCUUAAAAGGGUUCUUAUAAAUAAAGAUUCAGGACACUUGAAUUUAUAAUCUAUAUAAAGAGAGGUAUUAAUUUGUACCUCGUUAUUUUGAGUUGUAUUCAAGCUAAUACAAUACUUGGUUGGCACGUAUCAACUAAUUUUAUGUA